AUGAAGCGAGAGUCUGUGAUAAUCAGAGCUGAAAGGCGUAAAACGGUUGGAAUCGGACGCCAGAAAUGGCGAUCAUCUCUUCUUUUUCGGCAUCAACCCUUACUUUCUGCAAUAAAAUGACCAAAACCGAUGCACUGAGAGUUGAGAUAAAUCUUAUCAGGAAUCCGAAAUAAUCAAUCAUUUCGCAUGAAAAGCAGUUUCAAUUCCUAAUUUGAAUGUUCUUUUUCAGGUUGGAGGCCAUUUCGGCAUUCUUGUCCACGGAGGUCAUGUUGCGAAGCCGAAAAACCCUCGUGAAGUGGCUUUCUACCAGAGAAUGGACAACGAAUUGAAGCCGUUCACUCCAGCUUUUUGCAGUUAGUCCACGAAAUUUCCUAUCUUUAUCUUUUGGAGCACAUCUUAUAGCAUAAAAGAGCACGAUAUCAAAAUAUCUUUCCGCUGACGUGAGCAAAAUUUUCCGUUUUCGGAUCUUUACAAAACUCACAGAAAAAAACGGGAAUCACAAGAUCUGGCGAUUCCAUUCACAUUUUCUGAGACUUACUUUUAGAGACAUCGAAUCCAUCCCUCAAAUCAAUUAUUCAUCCUAGUUUUUUUAGUUAUGUAUUUUUUUAAAUUGAUACGGUACCCUUCUAGUAGAAAGAAUCAAGCAUUCGGAAUUUUCGAGACUUCAUAAAUUUUCUCGGAAGCAUUGGUGAUAAUUUAUUUCUGGAUUCAAAAACUUAUAGCGUUCAGCAUGAACUUUAGAAAAAUUUCCAGAAAAUUAUGAAAACUUUGUCCCGACGGUAUUGGUAGUUGUUUGAAAGUCGGUUGAAAUUGUCAAAAAUAUCUUUUUCGUAAAAUUUUCAACGCGAAUUCUCUUCAUCGGAAUUUCUUUAAUGCUGACAAGUUUCAGAUGAGAUCCUUGUCCAUGCUGCGACUGAUUCGGAGACUGAGCGAGUCUUGGUUUUCACAAGCUCUGUUCCUAAAUGCCACGGGGACAAAGUUGCUGAGAAUCCCGAAUCGAUCGUCCGGUUUUUUAUAUCGGAACAUGAACUUCAUUUUCAUGUAAUUGAUUUUGAGAUUUCGUACCUACAUGCCCGGUUUCGCGGCUGUUGAAACCAACGAUUCUUGGAACUCUCAGGCCGACGAAUGUCAAUCAAAGGUUGUUUAUUCCACCUGGAAAGAAGCACAAUUUGUGGCCCGUAUUAGGAAGAUCGAUAACUGCUUUGGGACAUUCAUGGUUGAAUAAAUCAAUAGUGUAAUAUCAAACAGUUUUUGAAAUCUACUGUUUUACUGGAGGAACAGCCAAAGUUUUAUUUCUCAUCAAAUGUUCCAGUUCAGAAGAAUAGAAGUCUUUUUUUAAACUCAAAUUCAGGCUGAAACUUUCAAUUUUCGGUUUUCUCCAACAGUGCUAUUAAAAGAGCUAUGUCUCAUCAUCACGAGAAUCUAUACAAAGAAAGAAAAGAAUAAUAAGUAACUCGUUAAAAAAAGUUUCGAAAGUUUAAAUUAUAUAGAGAAAUUGAACGAGUUUUUUUAUAAGUUUGUAAAAAAAUAGUUCCUUUCAAGCGACGAAAAAUUGUGAUAUAGUCAAAAAAAUUUUACCUAUUACAAACAUUAGAAAUAAUCAAUCAAAAAAAUUAUUCUUUUUUCUUGAAAAAUACUACAAAUCUUACAAACGUCAAAAACUCAAUACUUUGGCUCUGUGAGGGUAUUUGCGCUCCAAGGAGAACAUUUUCUUUGUCCGUGGACUACAUUGUUUCCAUGUUUCUUCAAACUCUUUUUCCUUUUAUUCUAUUUAUUUAAAAGUCAUUCUUUGAGUUUCAGGUGGUCGAAAACCUUUUGCAGUAUGGACCGAAGGACUUCAUGCUCUUGGAAAAAUGUGGUCGCACAUUUUGCGCGACCAUACGUCCUGGAUCUGAAAAAUUGGGACCAGGUGGACUUUAGUAACUCUUCUAGAAUGUUGAAAAAGUGAACGAGCAAUAUCGCUUGUUGAAAUUUUUUUGGUUUCUAUUUGUUAUUUUGUGACGAACAUCUUGAAUAUAAUUGGGAGUUUUGAGACAACAUGGUGACAACUCCUCGAAGGAAAAAAGAGAGCAGGCAAUCCUGAAAUGCAAGUUGUCGACCUCCGGGAAACUGGGAGCUCGAUUGGUCGGCAUGCAGAUGUACGAUGCUACAAACAAGGUUUUUUUUUGAAUAGACCUCCUCGGGACGUUUUUCUCCGUUUCUCUUCUUUGAUUGGACUAUACCUUUUUCCUGACUUGAUCUUUUAGAAAAAUGAUGUGUUUUUAGGAGUACGUUUACAUCGAGAAACAAGAAGGCCGCACGAUGAGUGCGGAACAGUUCUUCGUCUACUGCGGUGGCUUUGCGAAAGCCUGCGGACCCUUGCGAUCUCUGAAAAUUCGAGACAAGUAGGGGAGAAGCUUUUUUUUGUUUUAUAAUUAUCCAAACAGACUGCAAGCUCUCAAGAAUGUUCUGAUGAACUUGGAAGGCUAUCGCUUCUUCUCAGCCUCGAUUUUGGUGGCUUUCGACGCUGAAGCCGUCGACUCGGCAGACGAAGACGCCGUUUGCGUCAAACUUAUCGACUUUGCCAACUCGACCCUGCCUGGGUUCUUCAGUGUCAGUUGAAAGAUAUUUUCAAUUUGACUGAAAGAACACGGCUCAUAGCAUCUUUCAUUCAACACACAAUUUUUUUAAUUUGACCAACAAUUUUUUUCCAAAAUUCGCCGGUUUUUUUUUUACGCAGAAACGGCUGAAAACGGUCACAGAUUUUUCAGAGAUUCGCACAUUUUCUGAACUCUUCCUCAUUUUUCUUGGUAGACUAGCACAACAAGAAUAAAAAGCUGGUUGGAAGCAAAAAAAGAUUAUGUAUGAAACUUUCAGGAUAUUGUCCACGGAGGCGUCGACGAUGGUGGCAUUUGGGGCGUUGAGAAUAUCAUCAAGGCGAUGGAAAUCGAGCCGGAUUCCGCUCCGACUGAGGUCAGUAAUAGUUUUCAAAGAAUUCCUCAAUGAAUCUCACAUCCGCACAUUGAUAAAUCCGUUCAGACUUGAAAGUAAAGGUCUAUAGAAAGAUCUAUUUCAACAACUUCAUUUUAAAGGACUUUAAUAAACAACGCACAGGCGUUAUACAAAUAAUUAUGUUUUUUUAAAUAAUAACUAAAUAAAUAUCUUUCACUUUCAGGAAAAAAGGUUCGGCGAAAUAAGUCGACUCGCACGAAAGUGUCUUUUUCGGAAGGCCAAUUUCAAGCAUGUAUCCCAUUUUCCCUAUGUUAUUAAACCUUAAAAAAAGUUCCUUCUAAAAAUUCUGUGAUCUGUCUAUCCCGAAUAAAAAAAUAAUACAUUUCAAAAAGGAUGCCUUUACGGUUUCUCACCUACUUUCUUCUACAUGAAAAUGCUAGCCACUUUUUAUUUGAAUCCUGAUGAUUGUUGUAUUGUAUCUUUCAUGUGCAAUGUUUUCUUGUAUUUCCUGUGCGAUUGCAAUUCGUAAAGAAUGUUGAUAAAGCUUUAUUGAGAAAAAUCUUACGUUUGGCCAUUUUUUUGAAGAAGAAGCAAACAGUUACCGAAGGAAGGAGAAAAAUUGAACGUUUCUCAGAAGUUUUCACCGAGAAAAGUACAUAAAUGAGAUAAAUUGGAAUUAACUUUGUUAAUCAUGCUGGAAAAAAAAUCCAGAAAUGGAAGUCUAUGAAAGGUUGAGCUCGUAGAAUAUACGUAUUGAUAGAAGAGGAAAGGGGGAUUGAAAUAAAUAAAUGCGAGUUGAAUAGAUGUCAUUAAAGAAAAUCUAUUCUCAAAAAAAUUGACACGUCGUAAGGAUAUUGUUAAUACUUCCCAAUUUCCUAAAAAAAUAUACAAAAAAAGAAAAAUUAUCCAAAAUGGGACACGCCAAUAGAAAAAAAGCUCACAGGAAAGUUAAUCAGAUUCAAAGUUAAAUAUGAACUUCAUUUUUAGUUUUGUUAAUUUAAAAAAUAACAUUACAAAAAAAUUAAAAAAAUGUCGUUCUGGGAAAUUAUCGAAUAGGAUUUUUUUCAAAAACAAUAUUAAUGGGUAAACAUUUUUACAUAUAUCGAGGGCUGGCUUUGUCUGAAACGGAGUUUAUAAAGCGGAGCACGCGAUCGGGAAGUUCAAGAGAGAAAUUAUCAUGGUUCAUUCAAACAUAUAAAACUACACAAAAAAAUAGAAAUUUUUUUAUCAUAAUAAAUCAAAAAUUCAGAGGGGAAAUGAUUUUUUUUAUUGAUAAAAUAUCUUUGAUUCAUUUUUUUGCUAGUUAUCAGUUUUAAAUCUGUUCGAAAAAUAUGAGGAUAAUUUAUGAAGGCAUUUCAAAAAACAGUAACAAAUAUUUUAGGCCUAGUGCAACAUACUCUUCAAAAAAGAAGUAUCAAGCCGUGCUCCUAGGUUGAAAAAAAAUCAAGGAACAAAAAUCCGCGAGAAUUAAAACUUCGAAAACUUCCAUUCCCCACAGAAGCGCCGUUUUUUAUGAACAGCUUUUUGACUAAGUGAUCAGAAUUCUAUAAUUCUAACUUAUGUACAUUUCUUCAGACUCAAAGCUACACAAUUUUCAGACAAACAAAACUCAUAGUUAUUUUGAGAGUGGGAAAUGGCUGGCUUGCACAAAAGAACAGGGGGCCCAACGGAAAAAAAAGUGAAAAAACGGGAUUUCUGGUCUUGCACAGUUUUGCUCUUGCCAAGGAGAAUGCUUUGCUGAAAGAGCUCGUAACUUCCUAUUUUAGACCAACCAAUUUGAAUCCCGAAAUUGAUUUAUAUUCAAUGUUGUAAAAACUGUUUAACCAACUUUUUCAUUCAGUCUUCCUCUUUCCAACGCGGCGGUUUCUCGGCUGUCGAUGGAGUUCUCCAGAACUAA